AGCAGAGGUUGGUCUUAUCCUACACAAGAGGCGUCACCACUUCUCUGACCUGAGAUCAGUUUUCUUUAGGGCUGCACAAGGAAUCCUCAACAUGCGUGCGCAUCAGUGUCCGUGGAAACUGAGGAAGAGCCUAUCUUGAUGGAAGAGCCCAGUCAAAUGGAACAGAGUGUUUCAAUUGUUGAAGAUGCUGAAAUACACAAAAAACUAACUCAUUUUAAAGCCCAGCUUUUGUGUACUUUAUUUGAAAAAUAUUUUUACAAGAGCCAGACAACUUUGUUAGAUGAUUUUCAUCCAUGAUCCCAGCAACAGUACCAUUGAGGCACUUCUUCAAACUAUACGUCAAGGUCAACCAAAUGGAGGACAGCGAAGAUGAAGAUGAGAGUGAGAGUGAGGAUGAAGAUGAGAGUAAUGAAGAGGAAGAUGGCAGUGAUGAUGAUGAAGAUGAGAAUGAUGAAGAUUACAAUGAUGAAGAUGACGAGAGGAAUAAUGACGGGACUGGAGAUAGUAACUACAGGAACAGAGAAAAUGUAAAGACUACACGACAGUAGGCACAUAACCCAGGAGUGAUGGCUACGUCGGAACCAAGAGCCACCAGUGGGGACCAAGACCCAAACUCCUCCAAUUUAAGACCCCCAUCCACAACCAACGAAUACGCGUGGAUGCACGGAUGCACACGGAAACUUGGGAUGAAGAUUUGUGGGUUUCUGCAGAAGAACAACAGCCUGGAGGAGAAGGGGAGGCUCGCGGGCCACAAGAAUCUGCUCUCGUGCGACAACAGCGACAGAGACACGAACUUCCGCCGCACUGAGACCGACUUUUCAAACCUGUUCGCCAGAGACCUUCUUCCUGCCAAAAAUGGAGAGGAUCCAACCAUUCAGUUUUUAUUAGAAGUGGUUGAAAUUCUGACCAACUAUGUCAAGAAGACCUUUGACCGCUCCACCAAGGUGCUGGACUUCCACCACCCCCACCAGCUGCUGGAGGGCAUGGAGGGCUUCAACCUGGAGCUGUCUGAUCAGCCCGAAUCCCUGGAGCAGAUCCUGGUGGACUGUAGGGACACGCUCAAAUAUGGAGUCCGCACUGGUCACCCACGCUUCUUCAACCAGCUGUCCUCAGGACUUGACAUCAUUGGUCUGGCAGGAGAGUGGCUCACCUCUACUGCCAACACUAACAUGUUCACCUAUGAGAUUGCACCAGUGUUUGUGUUGAUGGAGCAGCUCACUUUGAAGAAAAUGAGGGAGAUGAUUGGCUGGCCUGACGGAGAGGGAGAUGGCCUUUUCUCACCGGGGGGUGCCAUUUCAAAUAUGUACAGUGUUAUGAUUGCCCGUUACAAGUACUUCCCUGAGGUGAAGACCAAGGGCAUGUCGGCAGCUCCCCGCCUCGUCCUCUUCACAUCUGAACACAGCCACUACUCCAUCAAGAAGGCCGGCGCUGCCCUGGGCUUUGGCUCAGAGAAUGUGAUCCUUCUUAGCACAGAUGAGAGGGGCAGAGUGAUUCCUGCUGAUUUGGAGGCUAAGAUUCUUGAUGCUAAACAAAAAGGUUAUGUGCCACUGUUUGUCAAUGCCACAGCUGGUUCUACAGUGUAUGGUGCAUUUGACCCCAUCAAUGAGAUCGCUGACAUCUGUGAAAAAUACAACCUUUGGCUCCAUGUUGAUGGAGCUUGGGGUGGUGGAUUGCUUAUGUCCAGAAAACACCGUCAUAAGCUCAGUGGAGUUGAACGGGCUAACUCUGUAACAUGGAACCCUCACAAAAUGAUGGGUGUGCCUCUUCAGUGUUCAGCCAUCCUGGUCAGAGAGAAGGGAAUCCUCGCUGGCUGCAACUCCAUGUGUGCAGGAUACCUCUUCCAACCAGACAAACAGUAUGAUGUCACCUAUGAUACAGGGGACAAGGCCAUCCAGUGUGGUCGCCAUGUUGACAUAUUCAAGUUCUGGCUCAUGUGGAAAGCUAAGGGCACAAUAGGCUUUGAGCAGCACAUAGACAAAUGCUUGGAUCUGUCUCAGUAUUUGUACAAUAAAAUCAAGAACAGAGAGGGAUAUGAGAUGGUGUUUGAUGGAGUGCCUCAACACACCAAUGUUUGCUUUUGGUACAUUCCUCCCAGUCUGAGAGGUAUGCCUGAUGGACCAGAGCGGCAGGAAAAACUGCACAGAGUGGCACCAAAGAUCAAAGCAAUGAUGAUGGAGUCAGGGACCACUAUGGUGGGCUACCAGCCUCAAGGCAAUAAAGUGAACUUCUUCAGAAUGGUGGUAUCUAAUCCUGCAGCCACUCAGUCUGACAUCGACUUCCUGAUUGAGGAGAUGGAGAGGUUGGGGCAGGACCUGUAGAAACCAUUCGCCCUGAACACAAACGCCAAUGAGGUGAAACAGUCAGCACUGCAGACAAACUAAUGAGGGGACACAGCCUGGCUUUGCCUGCAGCACUGUAGUGUUUUCUCCACAGGAGUUACUUCCUGUUCUUCUCCUAAUAUUAAAAUAGUUUUUGCCCUUGGCACAACACUUAAUGAACGUUUGUGCUGUGGAAUCUCGUAAACGUGGGUAUUUAAUAUAGAUUUGUCUGAUGUUCAGGUAGUGUGUCCUUUAUCGUCUCAGUAUGCAUAAAUGUGGGUGUGUAUCCGUCAAACACUACAAGGGAGAAGCACAGAUCACAGAAUAUUUCAGAAUAUCACGAAACUCGUCUGCUGUAUCAUUUUUACAAUGAGCUGAGUCCAUGGUGCUCCAUAUGUUCAAACACACACUAUUCUAAACCAGUGUGCUCUGUGUGGGGAGGUGUGCUGACUACACAUUCACUGUAUCAUGUCUUUAGCCUAAAGAGAUGUUUAAAAUAAGCUUAUAUCACCUUACGUGCACAAGCCUUUUCCUUGUCUAAGAUAAAGAUUUAAAAUAUGUAACUUAAGUCUCUGACAAACUUGUAAAACGCUGGCUCGUUGUCUCUUUCAUGCAAUCAUAAUGGAACAAUAAUAGCUGUUUAUAAUAUUAAUAUUGAAAUAUAUAUUUAUUGCAUUUCCACUGUUUGCAGAUUCAGGUAUUUUAUUGUAAAUGUUUCUUUAUGUGUAUUACAUGCUAAUACAUUUGUAAAUGUAAACAUAGUAACUGAGUAAAGAUUAUUUGUAAUAAUUUUGUCAGCCAAAGAAAGAAUUUGGAGCAGAGCAAUUCAUAGUUCACCAUAUAACUUAUAAUGUAUUACUUAUAGGUGUUUGUAAAAUGUUAUUCAAUCUGGAAUGCAAUGCAAUUUAUAGUGACUAUUUGAGUGUUUUGGAUGAAUGUUUUUAGACGUCUGUCUGGCCUUUUGAUGAGAUUAAUCAAGUCUAUGUAGAUUCUGGCCCCGUGCCAAUCCUUUAUUUCAGAGAGAAGCACAAGGUUGUGAGAAUGUACUCUAGUACUCUAGACCUAAGAGAGGAUUGUUUUAUUUGUUAAAUCCUGAUGCAUUUAUUGUUAUUAUAUGAACUGUGUGUACUGCAUAUGACCAGUGUUCCCACAGCUAAGGGAGCUCUUUUCAAUAUCUCAGUAACUGGAGUUCCUCAGUUUGUCUUUGCACAAUGUUCAUCUUUCUCCUGUGUAUUUGUGUGUGGGUUGAUUAUUUUGAUAUUAUGUAAAGUAUAUUUAUGGUAUCUAGGGACCAUAUGUGAAUGGCACAAUUGUAUAAAUCAUAUUUAAAAUAAUAUGUGUUCUUUAUGUGGCCAUGACUCCUCCGAAAGAUCAGGUGUAAUAAGGAGACAGACCCAGAUAAAGGAGUCUCUUCCAGAAGUUUUACA